AUGGCAACUAAAGACAAGCCUAAACGCUGGGAUGCAAACCCAGCUCGCGCCAUCAUCCUUGCUGAUUUGGAAAGUGGCAACCUGUCGCUGUUUGAAGACCAAAUGUCUGCGGAACAAGCAUUCCAUCAAUACUAUAAAGAUAAUGGUGAAGUACAAGCUGUUGGGCUCAAAGAGUUCAAGAUAAGGUUAAAAGCUCAUCGUGGUCAAGUGCAGAGGAGAAAGCAAAAUGGGCCUCCGAAGCCACCUCCAUUCCCCUGGAAAAAAAGUGAAGCAAAAUGCAUCCUCAUGGAAGACUUGUAUCGAGGCGUCUUGUCCCUUGAGAGGAACGCAAAGAAGCCUCUAGGGAAAUGGAAGUCUUACUACAAAGCAUUGGAAUCAGACUUAACCGAAGAAAAUGAAGCAGAGAAGUUCAAUUCCUUUAAAGAGAGACUUGAGAAGAGAGCAAUGACAGCCGCACAAGCUUGGGAAAUGCACUAUAAACACCUUCCAGCGUUCGAAGAGGUGAAGUUUGACCAAUUCAAAAGGAAUCUGGCCAGUCAUCGAAAGCAACUUAAGGAUGGCAAGAAGAGAUCGAUGGAGGAAGAAGAGAUGUGGCGUGAAGACAGAAAACGAUUCCCUCCUGUGUCCAAGAAAGCUGACGGAAGUCCACUUUGGUAUUGCCAUCCAGCGAAACUACUUUUGAGGCAGGAUGUUGCGGAAGGGAAGCAUAACACAAUGAAACCAGAGCAGCUGCAGCAAACCAAGAAUGAGUAUAGAGACUUCUCCCUGACAGAGUUUCGUCGUCAUAUAUAUCAGGAAAACCGCCGGCGUAGGUUCAUAAAUUACUUGAAUGACAAGAGAGAAAAUCGGAAGACGAUCCACUGCUGCAAAGCUCCAGUGGACGCCAAUGAUGAGACUCUGACUGAUCGCUUGGAGGCUCUGGGACUUGGUGAGACUAGUGAGGAGCAAAUGGAUGUUGACGGGGAUGAUGUCAUUUAUGUUUUGAAAGGGGAAGAUACUCGAAAGCGCCAAGUCAACAGUGAGACGAAUCCUCCUAACAAAACACAAAAGCUCAAAUAG